AAUUACGUUAUGUUCUACUGCGUGGUCUACAUCUUUUAUAGCCGAUUUUUUCCGAUGAGAUUUUUAUGAAGGGACGUAGAAGAAGCGCCACGUUGCGAAGUACCAUCGAAUGUGCUUCUUAUUCUACCUAGCUAAUGCGAGACUCAUACGGCAAUCGUUGAUUAUGUCCGCCAGAACACUAAAUGAAAAUAUUUUUGAUAUUUUAAGCUCUUUUUUACGGACAAAGAAAGCGUGUAAGUUCAGCAAACAUCAGACGUUUUGCCUUCUUUCACUGCACGUGAUCGGACGCCGUCGUUGUAGCAAUUCUGUAAGCCGGUUCUUCAAGCUGAUACGUAACGGACAAUUCAAAAUAAAACCAUCGUCCAGUUUAUGCUAACGUGCCGAAAAGUGGGGCUUCGCGUGAUAUAUCUUGAAUUGCUGGUGUACGCUAAAAUUUGCUUGCUCCGCUCCCGGUCUCCCACAAGAAAACGUGCUUUUGUUUUGGGUGUUUGACUCGGGUCCGGAUUUUUUGGUUUCUCGGUUUUAAGUUUGUCCGGAAAAAGAAAAUCACAAAAUGGGUAAGGCCAGAAAGCCAAAGUUACACAGAAACAAGACAAACCCGACGGGUUUGAUGGACGUGAGUGAGCUUAUCGAACGGGGCCUAGCAGAAGAAGCCAAAUCCGGCACUCCGAUCUCCGCGAUCGUCGAUCAGCUGGAAUCGUCGGACUCGGAGGAGAAACUAUGUGGACUGCAAUCGCUCGCCAUGAUCUGCCAAGGCGAUGUGAACGUGACUGAGGUUGUGGAAAACAACGUGAUCCGGAUCGCUUCGUCACUGCUGGUCGAUCCGAAUCAGAGUGUGCGCCACGCAACUGCCGGUGCUCUGCGGAACAUGUCCACGCUGAGUGUGCAGCUAUGCGAGUUCAUGGUCGAGCAGGAUGUCCUGACGCCGCUCCUAGCGCUGCUGCAUCGUUACACCGGAGGCGCACAGUGGAAGCCCAAGUUCGAUUCGGAGAUGCAGAAUCAGAUGGAUGAACAUGCGGACACGUUUCUGCAGGCAAUCAACUUACUGUGGAACCUUUGUGAAAGUACCACCGAUGCACUGAGCGCCCUCAAUCAGACACAUAUUCUGGAGCGGUUCAUAACGUUCCUGGAUCACACCGUGUACGGACAGGAGAUUGCGAUCGCCGUGGCCCAGUGUUUGCUGGUAGUGUCGGAGGAAAACACGUCCUGUUCGCAGGUGCUGGUUACCCACGGAUCGGUACUUUUCUCGUUACUUGCUCUGGAAGGGACCGAUAAUGCCACGUUGCUGCUUCGUACGGUCGUGGCUGGAAUUAUUGGAAAUGUUCCCGCACUGCUAAACAGUCACUUGAGCCAAGUGCUGCUGACCAUUUCGAAGACACUCGAGUCUGACCAUCGGUCCGCGCUGGGAAAUCUGACCAGUGUGCUCCCUCUGCUACCUACGAAAGACGUUCUCGAUCUCGAGAUUACCGAUGAUGUGCCAAUUGAGGAGGAAACCGAAGCUCAAUCACACCAACGGCGCCGAAAAGCCGACUUGCCAUCGCCGGAAGAGUUGGAAGUACGGAACGUUGGUUGGUUGCUACAGGCUCAACGGAUUGCGUCCGAGAUUUUGACCAACAUUUGCUCCACCGAUGACGAUGACUGGCAGGACGAUGAUAGUGAGCAAGACAAUGGUUCCGAUGCCGAGUGCGUUUACGAUUACGAUGCAUCGAACGAGGUGAAUCGGAGUGUAGAAAACACGGACAAGAUUUCUACGGAAGUGCUGGAAGCGAUCCGUUCAUUGUCCCUGGUGGAAAAACUGUGGCAAAAGGCACAGCCCGUUCCGGUUAACGUGCAGCAGAUCUUGAGCGAAUCAGAACGCACCACAAUGAAGAAACUAGACGGAUUGCGCGUAUCGGCCAUGCUAGCGUUGCACAAUCUUUGCAAUAACAUCACCACGGACGAUCUGGGCGGUCCGGCUGCCGUGUACAACGUGUGGAUCGAUUUAGGUCAGCAAGUGUUCCAGGGACAGCACAACGAGAAGCUGGUGGAAGCAUCGACCACACUGAUGCGCGCUACACUGGAGCAUCUGCGCAAGAACUCGGAACUGUUCCAUCAAAUGACCGAAUCGGAUCUGCAGCUGAUGCUGAACGGUGUGGUAGAGUGCAAGGAUGCGGAAAUACGAGCCAACUGGCUGCGUAUGCUAGGUAUCCUUGGGUGUUUGCUGCCGGAACCGUUGGUGAAACCGAUCAUAGAUUUCGUGCUCAAUACGUGCGCCAACGAACAGGACGUCUGGGUGCUGGCGGAAGCGCUCGAUGCGCUGAUGGACAUUUUCGCCGACAACGAUUGGUACGCGAUCGUCCAUGAGCUCGGUAUGGUGGCAAAGUGCAAGCGGCUCGAUUGUGUUAUGCGCGAAAAGCUAAAACGCGAUAAGCGUCAGCUAGGCGAUCGAUAUCCGGCGGUCCAGACGGUCCGUACCAAUUUGGGACGAUUCUGUAAGUACCUCGAGGCGGAGAUGAAGAAAUACAAACCAUAAAUCGAAGCAACGAGCCAACCGUCCGAUCGACGAUGAUCGAUACACUGAUAGCAUGCAGUGAUGCUAUGGCAUUCAUACGAACAUUAAUCGCAGCGCUAACCACGCCAUUACCUCACAAGUUCAUGUGGGGGAAUUGAUGCGUUAUGGUAGCGUUUUCAAAACGAUUGUACAGGAUCGACUUAUUUGUAUGCGAAUAAAAGUGAUCCUCGCCUUUGAGAUAACAUGUA